CAGGGCCAAGACCUCGGAAGGGCCCUAAGACCAGUGGCCAGGGUGCUGAGACUGCCAAGCAGGCAGGUACUGAACCGGAGUCUUCCUGCCUUGCCUCCCCAGUGCUAGGACCAUAAGUAUGUACUGCUACACGUGACAGACUCUCAUGCACAGCAUAGGUUAUCCUUGAACCCCUGAUUAUCCUGCUGCACUUCCCACGUGCUGGAAUUGCAAGCAUGUGCCACAAUGCCAAGCUCUAUUCGCUGGGGCUUUUUGUGGAGUUCAACCCUGAGGACAUGCUCCUGGGGGUGGAUGAGACUGAAGAUGAUGGGGACCUGGAGGCUGAGUUACUGGCGCUCACGGGGGAAACAGCGAGCAGGAGCAGGAAGCCAGCACCCAAGGGGCAGGCUCCACUGCCCAUGGCCCACAUUGAGAAGCUGGCAGCAGACUGUAUGCGAGAUGUGGAGGAGGAGGAGGAAGAAGAGGAAGGGCUGGAGGAGGAUGCAGACCUUCUGACAGAGCUGCAGGAGGUCCUGGGUGAGGAUGAAGAAGCGGGCCUGCUGGAUGGCAGUGAGGCAGCAAGCCCAGACCUGUGUGAGGAGAAGACUUGGGACAACACUGAACUACCUGUAGAGCAGGCAGCCUGCCAACAGGCAGUUCCUGCUGCAGCUCAGGCUGGAGGGCCUCGGGGGCUGCAGGCUUUGCUGGAGGAACGGAUCCGUAACUACCAGGAGGCCGCAGCCAGUGCCAAGGAGGCCGGUGAAGCUGCCAAAGCCCGGCGCUGUGAGCGAGGCCUAAAGACUCUGCAGUCCCAGCUUGCCACUGUGAGGAAAGGCGGGAAGAUCUGUGAGGAUGAGAUCCCACCUCCAGUAGCCUUGGGAAAAAAGUCCCCAGCCCCCCAGGAAAGAGCCAACAAGAACCCUGAGAUAGACUCUCCAGGUCCCUGUGCCAUGGAGCCAGGCAACCUUUCCCAGCCCGAGUCCAGCCUUCCUGCCAUUGCUCCCUUGCCUGAUUCAGACCCAGACCCACAAGCCCUGCUGUUAGCCCGACAGAGAGAGUACAAGGCGGCUGCUCUUGAUGCCAAGCGGGCUGGAGAUCUAGACCGUGCCCGGGAGCUCAUGAGGAUCGGGAAGAGAUUUGGUACUGUCCUAGAGGCCCUGGAAAAGGGUCAGCCUGUGGACCUGAGUGGCAUGCCCCCAGCACCUGCGGAUCUGAAGGCCCUCCCCCAGGCUUCUAAGGCCUCCUCAGCAACCCAAGGCCUGUCCCCAGCAGUAGAGCAAAUGCAGCCAGUGAUGGCCUCUGACCUCCCAGCCACCCCAGUGGUCCCUGCAGAGCCAACAACAGUGCUGGAUGCUUUACAGCAAAGGCUGAACAGGUAUCGUGAGGCAGGCAUCCAGGCCCGGGCCAAUGGGGAUGAGCGCAAGGCCAGGAUGCACGAUCGCAUUGCCAAGCAAUAUCAGGAUGCUGUUCGAGCUCAUCAGGCAGGACAGAAAGUUGACUUUGCCGAGUUACCUGUUCCUCCAGGAUUUCCUCCCAUCCCUGGCCUGGAGCCCAGUAAAGGUAGUGAGCAGGAUUCAGUGGCAGCAACUUUAGCAACUGCCCAAAAACUGGCCUCAGAAGAUGCAGCCCUGGUAGAUGACGAGGAGGAGAGUGACACUCCAGCACCGGCCCCAUUGGCCAAGAAGCCAGCACAGACUCUGGUCUCUCCAUCCCAUCUUCUGACUGAGCCCAAGGCUUCAAGUUCUAAGGAGUCACUGAGUCCAUCUGUUCGGGAGCAGGUGACACUGCUGGAGGCUCGGAAACUGCAAUACCAGCGAGCAGCUCUGCAAGCCAAGCGCAGGCAGGAUCUUGAGCAGGCCAAAUCCCACUUACGAGUAGCUAAAAGUCUUGAGGCUCAGAUCAUCCAGGCCCGAGCUGGUCAACCCAUUGACCUCUCCAAGGUGCCUUCACCGUUGACAGAUGAAGAGGGGGACUUCAUCCUCAUUCACCAUGAGGAUCUGCGACUCUCCCAGAAGGCCGAGGAGGUGUAUGCCCAGCUACAGAAAAUGCUCCAGGAGCAGCAAGCGAAGUGCCUGCUAUUCUCCAAGCAGUACAUGCACCAGGGAAAUGUGGCAGAGACUACUCGGUUUGAGAGGCUUGCUGAGGACCGAAAGAAACAGCUUGAGAUCCUGCAGCUAGCCCAAGCCCAGGGCCUUGACCCUCCUGGUCAUCACUUUGAGCUGAAGACAUUCCAGACUGUGAGGAUCUUCUCAGAACUCAACAGCACAGAAAUGCAUCUGAUCAUCGUCCGAGGAAUGAACCUCCCGGCCCCACCAGGAGUGACUCCGGAUGACUUGGAUGCUUUUGUACGGUUUGAGUUUCACUACCCUAACUCGGACCAGGCUCAAAAAAGCAAAACAGCUGUGGUAAAAAAUACCAACUCUCCAGAAUUUGAACAAGUUUUUAAGCUAAACAUCAAUCGAAACCACCGAGGCUUUAGGAGGGUGAUCCAGAGCAAAGGAAUCAAAUUUGAGAUCUUCCACAAAGGAUCCUUUUUUAGAAGUGACAAGUUGGUUGGCACAGCACACUUGAAAUUGGAAAGGCUGGAGAAGGAGUGUGAGAUCAGAGAGAUCAUGGAGGUUUUGGAUGGCAGAAAGCCCACCGGGGGGAAGCUGGAGGUGAAGGUGAGGCUUCGGGAGCCUCUGAGCAGCCAGGACGUGCAGACAGUCACUGAGAACUGGCUGGUCCUGGAGCCUCGGGGCCUGUGAAGAGGUGGACAUCCUUGGUAACAGCUCACUGACCCAGUUGUGCCGGCUGCAAGAGCCGUUGUACAUCAGAGAUGCUGCUACACACGCACCAAAGACCUGAUAACUAACUGUGGCCUGAGCUUUCCUCGUGCUGCCUCUCCUGGACCUUCGUGGAAGCAGGCCUCCCACCCUCCCUGUGGGCGAAGACAAGGACACCCCACUGCUCUGUGCCAUAGAGUCCUACUGUCCUGUAACCGCUGCAUAGUAAUUGCAUACCGCUUAACCCAGCCCCCAUUUGCACCAUUUCUGGAUGUGCCUUUCAAAGAUGUAACUGUAGGGAUGGGAGAAGUCGAGGGUGAUCGGAACAUCCCCUGUGUGGGGAGGGACAGGAUUCCGUGACUCCAGCUGGCCAGCGGCAGACUGUCCCGCUCAGCUGUUUUCCCUCUGCCUGUGCCUUUGUUCCUGACAGCUGCUGCACUAGCCUUUCUGCUUCCCAGAGGACUCGGGAACAGGAAAAUUACUUUGGUACUAUUGGUGGGAAGUAAGGGAAGGUUCUCUUUGGUUUGGUCCAUGUACCUAAGGUGAAAGACUGUUAAUUGGGGAGAAAAAAAGGAAAAAAGAAAAAGAAAAACUAUCAGUUUUAUGUAGCCAUUUUUAUUUUAAAACUAGAUCUAAUUCACUGUAUAUAAGUAUAAAGUCCUUAUACUCUGAACAGUGUUAAUUACCUA